GAUAGCUCACCCGAGCCACUGAGAAGUGACAACUGACAACUAUCUUCCUCCAGCAUUCUUCGUCUGCCGAUCUUCGCCGCCCUACCGAUUUCGCCUGAAUUUUUCUUAAACUUUCAAUGCUAAGGCAGUUUUCACUGUAUCGUUGCUCAAGUCAUACUGCGUUAUAAAAAUAUUUGCGAGGCGAUUUGGGGAAGCGUUUGGAAGUUCUAGGGUUUUGCUGCUCCGGAGAUUUUAGCUGGCUAUUUUUUUUGCAGUCACCGUAUGUGGAUAUUGUUCUAACCAAGGUGCUUAAGAUGACUGAGCAAACUGAUAUACUGAAUGAAGCAUCUGAGAAUGGGUCAGAGUCAUCUCGAGAUGACAAUGGCACUAUAGAGGAAAUGCCUGAAGACACUAUCUUGUCGCGACAAACGUCGGUGAACCUCAUGCCUUUCAUCGGACAGAGAUUUGUAUCACAGGAUGCUGCCUAUGAGUUCUAUUGUAGCUUUGCUAAGCAAUGUGGCUUUUCAAUUAGGCGCCACCGGACUCGUGGGAAAGAUGGCGUGGGUAGAGGAAUCACGCGAAGGGAUUUUACCUGCCAUCGUGGUGGUUAUCCGCAGCUUAAGCCUACAGCGGAUGGGAAAAUACAAAGGAAUAGGAAGUCGACGCGCUGUGGUUGUCAAGCUUAUAUGAGGAUUGUUAAAAGGGCUGAUUUCAAUGUCCCUGAAUGGAGGGUGACUGGUAUUAGCAAUGUCCACAAUCAUGAAUUGUUGAAGUUCAACGAGGUGCAGCUGCUUCCAGCAUAUUGUACGAUGACUCCUGAUGACAAGAGCCGUAUUUGUAUGUAUGCUAAAGCUGGGAUGUCUGUUAGGCAAAUGUUGAGGUUGAUGGAGCUAGAGAAAGGCAUUAAGCUAGGUUGUUUGCCAUUCUCUGAGAUUGAUAUCAGAAAUUUGCUCCAGUCAUUUAGAAAUGUGGAACGGGAUCAUGAUCCAAUUGACCUUCUCAAAAUGUGCAAGGAGAAGAAAGAUAGAGAUCCAAACUUCAAAUACAACUACCGGAUAGAUUCUAAUAACAGGUUGGAGCAUAUUGCGUGGUCCUAUGCUUCAUCUAUCAGACUGUAUGAGACUUUUGGAGAUGUUGUAGUAUAUGAUACAACUCAUCGCUUGGAUGCUUAUGAUAUGCUUUUUUGUGUUUGGAUUGGAGUGGACAGUCAUGGCAGUUAUUGCUUCUUUGGUUGCUCUCUCAUUCGAGAUGAGAACAUGCAGUCGUUCUCAUGGGGAUUGAAGACAUUCUUGGACUUCAUGAAUGGAAAAGCUCCGGAAACAAUUUUGACUGAUCAGAAAACGUGUCUAAAAGAAGCACUUGCUAUGGAAAUGCCAGGGACCAAACAUGCCUUCUCGAUUUGGCAUAUUAUAUCAAAGUUUUCUGAUUGGUUUUCUGUCACACUGGGGUCUCACUACGAUAGCUGGAAAGCUGAAUUUCAUCGCCUUUAUAAUCUGCACAAUGUUGAUGAGUUUGAAAUUGGAUGGGGGGAGAUGGUUGACAUAUAUGGCUUACAAGGAAACAAGCAUAUUGUCAGCUUGUAUGCUUUUCGUACAUAUUGGGCACUACCAUUCCUGAGAUCAUAUUUCUUUGCGGGAAUGUCAAAUACAUUUCAGUCGGAGAUGAUUAACUCCUAUAUCCAACGGCUUCUUAGUGCACAAUCUAUGCUUAAUGAUUUUGUAGAACAGGUGGCCUCACUCUUAGAUGCUAGAGAUCGAGGAGCAAAACCAAAGGUGUUACAAAAGGUCCCGAAAACAUCCCUCAAGACAGGAGCACCAAUUGAAUCGCAUGCUGCCACUGUGCUCACACCAUAUGCCUUCGGCAAACUACAAGAAGAACUAGUGUUGGCACCACAAUACGCAACAAUGUUGGUAGAUGAUAGUUAUUUCAUUGUGAGGCACCAUACGGGAGUUGAUGGUGGGUACAAAGUCUUAUGGGUCCCACAAGACGAGUUCAUCACAUGCAGCUGUUGUCAUUUUGAGUUCUCAGGCAUCCUCUGCAGGCAUAUUCUCCGUGUCCUAUCGACCAAUAAUUGCUUCCAGAUUCCCGAUCAGUACCUACCUUUGCGUUGGCGUGACUCGCUGUUUUCAAAACCUGCACCAACAUCUUCAGGGAAGGUGCAGUUGCUGCAAUCAAUGAUUUCGUCUCUAAUUACAGAGUCUAUGGAGAGUGAAGAUCGCCUUAAUGUUGCCUGCGAUCACAUUGCUUUAGUUUUGGCCCGCAUCAAGAACUUCCCUUCUGCUGCAACAGAUGAUAGUAAUGGUGUAGCAUAUACCAGCCCUUCUGGCUCUUUCAUUCUCCCAGAUGUCGAAGAUUCUGAUGCCAUUGCUCAAAGUUUCAGCACAAAUCCGCACGAAUGUUUAGCAUUUGCCAAGCUGAAAGACAGAAGAACUAGAGAUGAAAUAGACGUGUACAGGAAGAAAAGGCGUUGUACAGUCCCUUGCUGCGGGCAAUAUGGACAUGAAAUCGGAAAUUGCCCGAUGGUGGCAGAUGACGAUUUAAAUGCAGACGGGCUAGGGUUUCUGUAGGACUUUUGCAAAUGUGGCGGCUCAACGUCUAUGCAGUGACAACUUGGAAUUUUUUCUCUCUCAAGUGACAGCAACAGGUUGAAUAUAUAUAUAUAUUCCUCACAUGAUUAAAUAGAUUCAUGAUAUCACAUAAUUUGUGUUAUUCAGAAACUAAAGCUAAUGCAGUUAAUUUUAAUAUACUAUGCAAGUGAAAAUUCUAUAUUCAUGAUAUGCUAGAACUAUUUGAAUUUUUCUGAA